AUGGCCCAUCUGAAGACGAGCGAAGUGGCCUUCCUAAGCACGGUGGCUAAGCAGCGCCUCACGACAUACGAUGGGAACUUGUGGGAGUUCUACGACGUCGGAGACCGCAAGCUCACGCCGCUGGUGUGCCUUCCUGGCACCGUCGGUGGACCGUUAAUCUUCCAUCGAGUCAUAGCAGCCUUGCAAGAAGCUGGUGGAUACCGCGUCAUUGCACUCCAACACCCUGUCGUGUGGACCCAUCAAGAAUGGGUGCAUUCAUUUGACCGCUUCUUGGACGCACUGAACCUUCCAUCGGUUCAUAUUUAUGGAGUUUGUCUUGGCGCGUUCCUCGCUCAACGAUACAGCUCUGUUUACCCCCGACGAGUAUUGUCGCUUGCGUUUACGAAUGGAUUUUGCAACACCAAAGUGUUUGGCGCCAACUCGCCUUGCGUGAAAAUGCUCCCCAUGCUGCCGACAUUUUACCUGAAAAAGUAUGUGGUGGGGAACUUUUCCCACGACGGAACGUCCGACGCUGUUCGUGCCACGAUGGCAUACAUGCGAGCCCAGUUGGAUGCGCUCAGCCAGCCGCAGUUGGCGUCGCGGUUGACCCUGGUCAGUUUGUCCAGCGAUCAUCUUAGCUGGGGCAUCAGCAUUCCACACACCCGUGUGACGCUCAUUGACAGCUACGGCAGCAACAACGAGUUUACGACAGAGCUACGGGAACAAAUGUACGAACGAUACCCCGACGCGAAAAAGGCCUUGAUGAAGACAGCGGGAGACUUUCCGUACUUGUCCCACGACGACGAAGUCAUUUUGCAGCUUCGAGUGCACUUGCGAUCCAACGGCCAUGAGGCCAAUGCAUAG